GCGCAGAGGAGAGUAACUGCCGGUUGGUGGCUGCUGCUCCGCAGUGGGGAGCGCGACGGGUAGGGACUGGGAGCUGGUGUCGGCCGCCGAGACCGCUGCAGCGACAGGCCCGCGGGGAGCGGAAGGCACUGGGCGCAGUUAUGUCUGUGGUCGGCAUCGACUUGGGCUUCCUCAACUGCUAUGUCGCGGUGGCGCGGAGCGGCGGCAUCGAGACCAUCGCCAAUGAGUACAGCGACCGCUGCACCCCAGCUUGUAUAUCUCUAGGAUCCAAAACCCGGGCCAUAGGAAAUGCAGCAAAAAGCCAGAUUGUCACAAAUGUAAAGAAUACAUUACAUGGCUUCAAAAAAAUGCAUGGAAGAGCAUUUGAUGAUCCCUACAUACAAGGUGAAAGAGUCAAACUUCCCUAUGAACUUCAAAAGAUGCCAAAUGGGAGUGUAGGUCUGAAGGUGCGAUACCUAGAUGAAGAGAGACCAUUUGCAAUUGAACAGGUUACAGGAAUGCUUUUGGCCAAGCUUAAAGAGACUUCAGAAAGCGCACUAAAAAAACCAGUGGCAGACUGUGUGAUUUCAGUCCCUAGUUUCUUCACUGAUGCUGAGAGAAGGUCUGUAAUAGCAGCUGCGCAGGUUGCAGGUUUAAACUGUCUGAGGCUGAUGAAUGAAACUACAGCAGUUGCACUAGCUUAUGGAAUUUAUAAGCAAGAUCUACCAGCCUUGGAGGAGAAACCAAGAAAUAUAGUCUUUGUAGAUAUGGGCCAUUCUGCAUACCAAGUUUCAGUUUGUGCUUUUAACAAAGGAAAACUGAAGAUCUUGGCUACUGCUUUUGACCCUUUUUUGGGUGGCAGAAACUUUGACGAGGCUUUAGUAGAUUACUUCUGUGGGGAAUUCAGGACAAAAUAUAAACUGAACGUGAAAGAGAAUGCUCGGGCACUGCUGCGCUUGUAUCAGGAAAGUGAAAAACUGAAGAAACUUAUGAGUGCAAACGCUUCUGACCUCCCACUCAACAUUGAGUGCUUCAUGGAUGACCUUGAUGUCUCCAGUAAGAUGAACAGAGCUCAGUUUGAACAGUUAUGUUCUCCUCUCCUAGCUAAAGUGGAACCUCCUCUAAGAACAGUAAUGGAUCAAGCUAAACUACAGCGUGAAGACAUAAGCAGUAUAGAAAUUGUAGGUGGAGCCACUAGAAUCCCAGCAGUGAAGGAACAAAUAACUAGGUUCUUCGGUAAAGAUAUAAGCACUACGUUGAAUGCAGAUGAAGCUGUCGCAAGAGGUUGCGCAUUACAGUGUGCAAUUCUCUCCCCAGCAUUUAAAGUGCGUGAGUUUUCGAUCACCGAUGUUAUUCCUUAUUCAAUAACUCUAAGAUGGAAGUCCUCUUAUGAGGAAGGAACUGGAGAAUGUGAAGUUUUCAGUAAGAACCAUGCUGCUCCAUUUUCAAAAGUUAUUACUUUCCACAAGAAGGAACCUUUUGAUCUGGAAGCAUAUUAUACCCAUCCAAACGAAAUACCUUAUCCUGAACCCAGAAUAGGGCGUUUCGCUAUUCAGAAUGUUGGUCCUCAGUAUGACGGUGACAAUUCCAAAGUAAAGGUUAAAGUACGUGUCAAUGUACAUGGAAUCUUCAGUGUGGCUAAUGCAUCAGUAAUAGAGAAGCAAAAUGUGGAAGGAGAUCACAGUGAUGUACCUAUGGACACAGGAUCAUCAUGUAAGAAUCAAGGCAAAGAUGAUGAGCUGCAAUUCUCUUUCAUAAUUGAGGAUGAUACCCUUGACUCUGAGGAUAAGGAUAAAAUGCAGGUUGACCAAGAGGAAGGUAAUCACAAAAGCCAGGCAGAACAGCCAAGCCAAGCAGAUGAGGAAAGUGAACAACAUGGAGGAACUGAAACAAAGACUGCUUCAGGAGACAAGCCAGAUCAUCUGGCUCAGCCUGUUAAAGCUAAAGCGAAGAUCAAAAGUAUUGAACUACCUAUCCAGGCUAGUCUGUAUAAACAGUUGGGGCAGGACCUUAUCAAUAGCUACAUAGAAAAUGAGGGGAAGAUGAUGAUGCAAGACAAGCUAGAGAAAGAAAGAAAUGAUGCUAAGAAUGCUGUUGAAGAGUAUGUGUAUGAUUUCAGAGACAAGCUGUGUGGUGUCUUCGAAAAAUUCGUCACCGAGGAAGAGUCCAGUAAACUGACCUUAAUGUUGGAAGAUACAGAAAACUGGCUUUAUGAAGAUGGGGAGGACCAACCAAAACAAGUAUAUAUGGACAAACUUCAGGAAUUAAGAAAAUUUGGUCAGCCUAUUCAGGAAAGGUUCAUGGAACAUGAAGAGAGACCAAAAGCUUUAAAUGACCUGGGAAAGAAGGUCCAGCUUCUAAUGAAAGCAGUAGAAGCAUUCAAAAAUAAGGAUGAAAAAUAUGAUCAUCUUGAUCCUGCUGAGAUGGAGAAAGUUGAAAAGUGUAUCAGUGAAGCCAUGAAUUGGUUGAACACCAAAAUGAAUGCCCAGAAUAAACUAAGUCUGACUCAGGAUCCAGUUGUGAAGGUGGCAGAAAUACUAGCAAAAUCUAAGGAAUUGGAUAGUUUCUGUAACCCUGUUAUUUACAAGCCUAAGCCAAGGAUGGAGCCCCCAAGUGAAGCUCAAACAAAAGCCAAUGGUGAACACAACGGACCAGUGAAUGGACAGAGUGGUGCUGAAACAAAACCAGAUCCAGCAAAGGACAAUUUUCAGCAGACCAAACCAUCUGGAGAAAUGGAAGUGGACUAAAUUUUACAUAUUUCUUUCACUUAAUUAAAAUAGUGCAAGUAACUACAGGGUCCAUUCUUCUUUUAUGUCUGGUACCACUACAGCUGUUCAGUUAUUCUUAGCCAACUUUCUGUCCUUUGUUCUUUGCAGUAGUUUUGAAUGUGUUUUAUAUUGAGUACCCUCCAAUGUUCAUUUCCAUUGAUCCUGCUUAUGUGGAGCUUUAGCCGAAUGUAGAUUGUAAAAGUCAGUUUAAGCUUUCCCAAUAUAUUUUAUAUCAAACAUACAGAAUUGAUAUAUAAAUAGCAACAAUCUACCUUAUUUAAAGCUUUUAUUGUGGAUAAACCUCAGUUCCUUUAAUCAGAAAAGGACACUGUAUUGCACUACUGAUGCUGAAGUGUAGAUUUAAUUGCAUCUUUAUUUUGGAAAAAUAUUGGAAUUGAAGUGGUGUAAAUAUUGCCACUUGAACCACUGACCUUUUUUCUAGUUAUUGUACUGUUAUUUAAAUAUUAAAAUAGAGGCUAGCUAGUAUACUAGUUCAUCUUGUUGAUGAGAACUGUAAGGUCUUUAUAUUUUUUCAUAUAAAACAUUCAAGCUUAGAGAGAAUUUUCUUAAUUUGAGAAUUAAGAACAAACAAUUAUAAAAUACUGGUAAAUUGGCUUUGUCAUUUGUUCAAAAUAAUAUUCUUGGUUGGCCUCUUCAUACACUUGCACCAAAUGUACCUGUGCUCAUGGUAGACUGAUAGAGUUACAGUAGUACAUAGAAUUUGCAAGGACUAACUUUAUCUUACACUUUCAAAAGAAACAUUGAUUUUUUUUUUUAUUUGCACUUGUUACAUCUGGUUUUAUUGGCUAGAUUUCCCAUCACUUAAAACCAAUACAUGUUUUCUCAAACAGCACAUCUUUGUACACCAUUACAGAGAAAUAGGUUAAAAAAACCCAAAACCCUAAUAUUGUUUCAUAAACUGGCUUUUAGCAUAUUUAAUUCUAAGGUGUGGAUUUAAAUCCUUUACAUUACUGAAAAUUCGAAAUGAAAGAAGGGACUAUUUACACUAUAAUUGGCAAAUGAUCCUUAUGAUGAGGGAUGUUAAUGUGUUAAACAGGCAGUAAGUACACCAAUUAUGUGUGGGGAGCUGAAUCAUUCCUGCCAAAUGUAAGCUGUUGCAGAAGUGUUGAGAAACCAAGGUUUAUUUCAAAUCUAUAUUUGAGUUAAACCUAGAUAAUAUGUAAAUUUUACAUUAUAAAAUCUCCAACUGAUAUUGGACAAGGCUGUAGAUUUUUUACUAUAAUUAAAAAAUGGCAUCACUAUCAAAACACUCAUAAUGAAGACGACUUACAAUGGGCAAUCAUAUGAUUUGCUUUCACACCUUGUCUUGUCGAGCUAACAGGCUAGUGGGGAAAAAUUCUAAUCUUAAACUGUUUCCUAGGUUAGUGUAAAAAAGUGUAAUUUGAAACAGGAGUAAUAUGUUUUGAAUCAGUCUUUGGUGACUCCUUUCCUUAAAUUUUCUUAAGAAAUUCUGACAUGGUUAGAUAGUCACUGGCAUACGCAGUAGUGUUGUAUAGAGUUGGCACUCAAGGAAGUGCAGGUGGUGUAGCACUUUCUAGAAAAACUAUGACAAAAUCCCUACUAGGGACUGAGAUGAGACCAUAAAAUGUUAUCAGCUUGUAGUCAAGCCUAGCUCCAAAUAGUACAUUAAACCAUUUUGCCACCUCAUCCCAUUGUUUUUUAUCACACAUUCCAAAAGUAAGUUGUUCGGUGUCUUUAUUCUGUUUUAAGCUUGUUACUGCUGUGGAUUGACUCUAAGCAAAGAUGUAAACAAAUGUCAGGCUUUUUCAGCUCUUAGUGCAAGUGCUUACAUUCCAUCAGUAUAUUAAUGAAGACUGUACCCUAGACUGUGUAAUAUGACUGCAGUUCUUUCAGAGGAAAGAUGUCUUUUGUAGGAUUUGAUAGUUUAUAUGGUCUUGACAAACUAUAGAACAGAAGACAAAUACUAUCUUCAACCUAAAAACAAGAUCAAUUACAUAAAUAUGUACUGCCAUAUAAAUCACAGCAAUAAUAAAAAUGUUGAUGUAAUACAAAAGGCUGACACUAACUAGUUAGCCUUUUGUUUUUAGAGACAUGUAGUUUUCUGCAUUAACGAUGUUAGUGGUGACCAAAAACAAUCUGGGAUCCUGAAUCAUGGUCACUUUGCCAUUUUUCUCUUUCAGACUUCAUAAAUUCAGACCUUUAAUUGCAAAAUCUUUUUCUCUCCCUCCCCCAAUGAAAAAAAUUGACCUUAUUUAAAAUUUUAGCUAUCCUUAUGAAAUAGGAUUUAAAGUAGUUUUUCCACACUUUCUAAUGUUCAGAGUUUUUUUCCCCCCUAUAGCUACAGUACAGCCUGUUAAGUUAACAAAUGUAUGACUACAUCGUUCAGUCUUACAUCCCACUAGUAUCUGGCAUGGCCUAGUAUUCCAAACUGCUCGUAAGCAGGUAUUCAUAAAACAUACACUCAGAUGUAACCCAAUGUCACAAUCAGCUACAAUAUGUUACCUCCAAGUUAAUUUCAUUAUAUUCAAAAGUUAUCUGUUAGGAGAGGCUUUGAGACACAGUAGCAAAAUAGAUGCUGUAGAAAUAUUUGCAUGGUUUCCAAAUUGGUUUUAAAAGUUUUUAAAGCAUAAAAGAAAGAGGCACUUAAUAUAUUAAGUAUAAAUGUAAGGACAAUAAAUAUUUGAAGGGUUGUGCAAAAUUAUCUAGAGUAUUCCAAACACUUGUUUACUUACUUGUGUUCUCCCUCAGUCUUUUCUAGGCUUAUGAUGGUAAUGGUUUGCAGAAAAUAAGGAUAUUAUCCAAAAGCCUGUCAACUUCUAGAUUUAUUCCAUGAGUAGUAAUUGGGUUACCAGGAGUUAAAGCUUCCCCCUUCUGACAGUCUUGGGUUAAAACCUGUAGUCCAACUUUGAAAGCUUCAAAAAAGUGUACUGAUAUUAAGAGGCCCUGGUCUAAUAUUCUAGCAGGAAAUCUUACCUGAGCACAAAUUUUGAAAGGUCUUCUUUGAGAUUCAUAGAAUAACUGCUAGUAAUAAAAAAGCCACAAUUUUUCAGAAUCACGUGUGUAUAUAUUGGCACACUUGUCAACCCUGAGAAGAACAAAGGUAUCAUCUUAGGCAAUGUGACACACCAUUAGAAUGAUACACGUGUUUGGGUACACAGUACUAGCAGUAGUGUAUUUAGAAUGUCCUGGCCUUAUGUUUAUGCAAUGAAAGAAGGAGAUGGUUAGAACUUAAAUGCUGGCAUCUUAACCUUGAUAUUUUAGUAGUCCACACAUCUGAGCUGUUUUAGAAGACCCCUUAAGUUUUUUUCCUGCAAGGGAAGAGGCAGAUGCAGCAGUGCCUCUAAGAAUGGCAUGGACUUUCUAGAUCCAGUGGGAGUCUGUUUUAUGGGUAUGGAAAUAGAUGUAUUAAAAAAGUGAACAGAGAGGUUUUCAAGAACCAUCUUGAUUAAAGUUUUAGCUUAAUUCCAUUCAGUAGCUUAAAAUAGUGAAAAAUAAAACUUUACAUACUGGUAAAUAGAACUACAGAGUGAACAUGGUGGAAGGCAGAAUGUGCAGCUCUUCAGUGGGUUGAUCAAAGAAAUCAAGAGCUUUGGUUUACAGUUUAUUGUGGAGUCAUGAAAACAGCUAAUUGACUGAUCAAAAAAUUUUGUAUUGUACUGGCUUUCUUAAUCUAAUCUAGAUUUGCAUCAGUUUUUGAAAUGCACUAGCAAGAAACUCUGCUUCAUAAUCAAACCUGUCCAUUGGUUCAGUAUGCAGGAAUCUUAUUAUAAAUGGACUGAAAACACAUUUUAGAAUUUGUUUCCCUACUUCUGAUUAAACACAAACUGAUUCUACUGCCCUCUUCCUUUGUCUGUCUGUUGACUCUUGCUCAUUUUAGUCUGGCACCAAGGCAAGUUGCUAAAUAGGAUUAAAGAGGCCUUCCUUUCUUUUUCCCAUCUCCAUGAAUUCUCUAAUUGAUAGUUAAAGCAUUGUGCUUCUGUAUAUACCUGAAAUUUACAGAAGGAAAGGUAAGGGUGCUGUAGCAUACUACAGCUGUGGCAACACUUUACACCUCCUUUGAAGUACCAUGUCUGUCUGAAGGUAAUUUAGGUCACCAUUACACAGCCUACAAGGGUGAAGCUGAGAUGCAUCAUCACUGAGACAGAUCUCAACAGCACAUGGGUGCCUGUUACAACUUACAUAUGCAGUGAGGGGUGGUUUGAUACUUAAAAGUGAAAGGAAGUUGCUAGUCUAGCCAUCAACCUGUGGCUUUAGCUGUUACUUUUUCAAACCAUGGUCCAGUGGUUUCCCCUAUAGUCAAUUUAUUUAAUAUAGGCUGAAAAAGUUAAACACCUCCCUGUAUUUCUUCCUCCUAAUAGAGCUCCUCCUUUCUGUUUAGAGCACUUAAUAUCAGAGUAUUUGACUCUGAACAAGACUCAAAUAUUGCAUAUUUUCUCUGUCAUCAUCUUCCCCCCCCUUCCCCAAAUUGUUGAAUGGAAGUCACUGAGCAUGGUCAUUUUAUCUUGAGUUGAACUAACUGCAUGGUCUUACCCAACCCCCACUCCUGCUGUUCCAUCAGAAAAAACCUCCCCUUUUGAUGUUCACAACAUUCUUUUCUGUCACCCUGGCUUUACAGAGCUUGCAAUCUGUACCCUACCCCAAUGUCUUCACAGAUCAACCUUGAACUGUAAAUGUCUAAAAUAGGGUGGGGUUGUGGGAGCAAGUCUGUUGAUCUGCUUCAGAGAAGGCAGCAGAUCUUACAGGACAUAGUUCUAAUUUCAUUCCCAGCAGCCAGGAUAGCUAUGACCUCUGUCCUUCAGCAGGGCUUCUAGCUCCAAAAACCACCACUGAUUAAUUAUUCAAUUAGAUUUCCAUCUUGGAGGAAAUUAAGCACAACUCCUCACUUAUACCUGCUUUGCAUUGUGUGUUAUGUAUCUGACACCUUCCUGAAUAUGUACCUUUUCCCUUCAAUUUUAAGGUAUCCUACCUUGCCUAGGUUUAGGCUUUAAUUUCCAUUUCCUAUUUCAGAGCCGUAGACACCUAUUCAUAAUUAUCUUUACUUUUUACCUCUUCCCCUCCUCCCCAUUUAACAAAUGGACUCAGUCAAAUGAUGGUAAGAGAAUUCCCUGCUUGAAAGGCACUGGAUUAACAGCCCUUUAAACUGAAGUCCCUGUUUAGUUACAGGCAGUGAUAGUGCCUGGCAAGUUUCCUUACACUAUUCUACUGCUUAAUAGCCCUUAACUGAGAGAGAAAUCUUGCUACUUGUAUUUUUAGUACAUUAAACUUUCUAAAGAACUAUGCAUCAAAAUGGUGGUCCUGAAAAUAGAAAACUUGUUACAGAAUAUGGGAAUAAAAAAUCCUAUUACCAGAGGGGUAAAAUGUUGACUAUUCCAGACUUUUCAGUUAAAGGUUAUUUUUCAUGAUACUUUUUCACUUGUGAACACAAGACAGCUAGAGUGUAAAUAUAAACCUUAUAUGCUUUAGAAGAAUAGUAAAGUAAAUGAGUAGAUAGUAAAGAAUAUUGAAUGUUUUGCAGUGAAUACUUUAGGAAGAAUUCCAGGGAUCUGGUCAACAAUGUCCAACAAUCCAACAGUUACAUAAAUGAGUAAAAUAACUAGCAUAAUUACUUUAUAGUUGCAUGUGAUUGUUAAUCUGAAAUACACUGCCUCAUGAAUAUUUUCUACUUGCUUAAGUUUUGUUGCUACACUACGAUUGACCGGAUAUAACCAUUUAAAAAAAAAAAAAAAAAACUGCUUUUUUUGGGUGUCUACCAUGUCAAACAUCUACCAUUGCAUUGCAGAAACCACUGCAAUGUUAUGAUUUGAAGAAUGUAUUUUAAAUUGAAAAUGAAGUCUGAACUAAAUACAACCAGCCACCUAUAUUAAAAGUGCUGAAAAGUUGUAGUUAACUGUGGUUCAUGACAAGUUAAUAGUCAUUGGAUGUUGCAUAUUUGUCAUUUUUGUUUAUGUAUUCUAAACAUAUCUUCAGAAGGCAGGGGGACUGUGUGAAACUUGAAUAGACUUACAGCAGUGUUAAAGUAUGGAAAAUGUUUACUAUGUAUGUAAAUUACAUCUUUAUAUUAGUGAUUGAUCAUGUGCAAAUUGACAAAUACUUCAAUUUAUUUUCGAAUGGCAACUCAGAUUAAUGUUGUGUAUAAUUUAUAAUAAAUAUAUAUAAACCUGCUACUUGAACCAUAAUCAAGCCCCCCCCCGAGCAUUUUUUUUUUUUUAAAUAGUGAACCUUUCUGCCAUUCCCUUGCAUAAUGGAAGUAGCUAUUCCCAGGAUUAAUGCUGAUUAGAAACGUUAAAGGAUUCAGUUUAACAGUGUUUAUAAUACAAAGUCAAAAAAGAUGUAGUGAAACAAAAUAGGAUAUUUCAGAUUUUGUGCAGUUGAAAGUUUAAAACAGUAACCCUUAUGUUGGCUACAUUCUGAUGGGAGUUUUCAAAUGUGCUGAAAAAAAUGCAAGCCAUUUUGAAGAGCUAACCUGUACAGCAGAAUAAUUAAGAUACUGUAUUUAGACUAAAGUGACUCUCAAUCCAUCUGUAUUUUCUACUACAGGGGUCAGCAACCUUUCAGAAGUGGUGUGCAGAGUCUUCAUUUAUUCACUCUAAGGUUUCAUGUGCUAGUAAUACAUUAAUGUUUUUAGAACGUCUUUCUAUAAGUCUAUACUAUAACUCAACUAGUGUUGUAUGUAAAAUAAAUAAGGUUUUUAAAAUG